AUGAAGUGGCUUCCACAAGAUAUGUUUUGGCAGAAAGAGUGCUGGACGUACUUACGUAUGAAGAUAAAUAAGGAUGCUUGUGAAGAAAACAAGACAACCGCCGAGUUUUUUGUUAGCUAUAUUAAGGAAGUAGAGCUCAGAAAAGUUGGUAAGAAUUUAACUAUGGAGUUAUGUCCAGCAAUGCAUUAUAUAUACUGUAGGCUUGCUCCAAGAAAAAGUUUCUUCUUUACAUCAAGGUUUUCUUUUUUCCUGCUUUUUCAAGGUUGUGCCAGGUUGGUUGACCUAGUUAGUUUUUGGACUGCAGGAAGCACUAUUGGAUACAACGAUGAGUUACUUAUGGUAAAAUUCAAUGCAGAUUGUAAGUUGCCAAUGGCAGAAACCUGUUUCAUGGGGAUUGUACUCCCAACCAGACACACCAGUUACGACGAUUUCCGGAAACAUAUGGAUAUCGCUCUGAGAUACGGAUCAAAAGGGUUCGAUUUCAUUUAA